CGAGCAGCCCUCCCCUUGUGCUCUGGCAGCCUGAGCCUAGGUAAAAUCAUUUGGUGAGGAGAGAAUCAAGAGGGAUCUGCUGGCUUGGACGUUGGCCUUAUGGUUAAAUCCAAACGCAAGACGAUAUUAAAUAGCCACUGUUUUGUCAGAGAAAAAGAGAAAACCAUAUCUACAAUGCCAGUUAUCGAACUGCCCAGUAAUAACCCAGAAAGUGAAAGUCCGAGGCGGUGUUCCCGCUGUUGCAGUAACCCGUGUCCGGGGCCUCUGUGGUGUUCCGAUGCCCCUCACCCACCCCUAAAGAUCCCAGGUGGGCGAGGGAAUGACCAGCGGGAUCACAAUCUUUCAGCUAAGCUAUUCUACUCUGAUGCUCGGUUGCUGGUUCUUGAGGAGCCGCCCCCCGCCAAUGGCAGAGUGCGUUUCCUGCUCUUUGAGCCCCGUUGCUCAGAGGGCAAGCACUGUGUCUGGAGGGGGGUGCUGAAAGGGGGUAACAUCUACAUCGAGAUCCCCCCUGGAGCUCUGCCCGAGGGCAGCAAAGACAGUUUCGCUCUCCUGCUGGAAUGUGCGGAAGAGAAGCUGCAGGUUGACCAUGUCUUCAUCUGCUUCCACAAGAACCGAGACGACAGAGCAUCUCUGCUGCGUACCUUCAGCUUCCUGGGCUUUGAGAUUGUGAGACCGGGUCAUCCACUCGUCCCUACCCGCCCCGAUGCUUUCUUCAUGGCUUACAGCAUCGAACGAGACUCCUUCGACGAUGAAUAAUGGAUCACAAACAUGCCACAAAUGCAUACGUAUACACACACACACGUUAGCUUUUACCUACCCUUCCCCAUCCCACUUCAUCACUUGGGGAAAAUAAAUAUGAUCAAAAUUCAGUAAGGUCAAGGUUUCCUGUGAAAUAGUUUAUUUACUUUGAUGUGAAGUAUUACAAUGACAUUUGAACUAGUGUGUAAUGUUAAACCAAGAAUGUAUCCUUAUUAAAUUUGGGAAAUGUUUCCUCAACACUGUACUAAUUUCCACGUGUAGUACUGAUUUCCCCCUUCCCCAUCCACUACAAUGAUCAUCUCUAGGCUGUACAAUUUAUGGUGAAAAUGUCCAUGCUGCAUAUUCAUGUUAUGCUUUGUUUUCUUGGCUAUUUCAAGUAGAUUUUCAUGUUUUAUAUUGAUUUGAUUUUAAUGUGUGCAUGAACUUUGAUUUCUAGUUUUGAUCCACUUGACUGAAAUCUGCAUGUUGUAACAAGUGCCCGAAUAAAAAUGCUCACCUUAACAAGUGGA